UACUCACUUGCUCAAGAGAUUAAUAGAAUUUGUUACAAUCGUCUUCGUCUAGUUUUGUGCCACUUUUAAUUGUACUUAGCGUUGAAAUCCAUGCAUGACUUUGUAUAAAGUUAUAUGAAGCUAUACAUUAAAAUUAAAGCGUUCACUUAAAGGAGCGCAAAUGUCGAGAAAUGGAUUCGGAGAGCGGACCUUUGAAUCACUGGUGUCUGACACCAGCAAGGCUAACAAACAGCAGUAAUGAUUUCAAAGGUGCGUAUGUGAGAUAUUAUGUGCUUUCUCUAUGCAGACUCGCACUUGAGUGUUUCUCUGAGCAGGUCUGCUCAUGCGCUCCUGGCGGCUGAUGCAUAUGGGGAGAUGCUGCUGAAAUGAGGUGCGCGCGUUGCGGCUGCUUUAUUUACACACAACUCGCACCGCAUCGUCUUAUGAUAUGGACUUUCCGAAGGGAUUGUUAUUGCUCCGCGGUGAUACAUCUCGAGCUUUAAAUGUGCAACGGGAUCGUUUCCACAAGCUGUUCUUCCAAACACUGUGAAAAGGAUUUAAACAAAAGUGGAUUUUUGUGACUUCACAUUUUACCUGCGUGUCAGAAAUGCCCCCUUCUAAUAAAUGGUGCGUCAGGUGGGCUGUUUGCUUGUCCUUUGUUCUUGCACUGAUCCCCUGGGCAAGGGGAUCACUGAAUUGUCAUAAAAUGUGCAUAUGCGCCAGUAACAUUGUAAGCUGCUCCAAGGUGAACUUGACCGGAGUCCCGAACGACCUGCCCAACUACACGUCUGUGCUCGAUCUCAGCUUCAAUAAUAUAAGCGGACUGCGUGCACAAUGGACCAAGCACAAACUGCCUAACCUCCACAACCUUUUACUUAGCCACAACAGGUUGAAUUUUCUCUCCUCCGAGGCUUUCGUUUCCGUAAAGCAACUGCGCUACCUGGAUCUCUCGUCCAACCUAUUACGACAGCUGGAUGAGUUCAUCUUCGAGCCCCUGAUCCACCUGGAGGUCUUGCUGCUCUACAACAACCACAUCUCGCAGAUCGACCGCACUGCCUUCACAGGUCUUAUUAGCCUACAGAAGCUCUACCUGAGUCAGAAUCUGGUGUCUCGGUUUCCUUCGGAACUGAUCAAGGACAAGAGCCGACCGGAGAAGAUGAGCCUUCUGGACUUGUCUUCCAAUCGGAUCAAAGUUCUCCCCAUCGCGGAUCUGCAGGCCUUACCGGCCUGGGUGAAAAAUGGCAUGUACUUCCACAACAACACUCUCAUUUGUGAUUGUGAGCUGUACAGUUUAAUGGCUCACUGGUAUAUCCGACGGCUCAAUUCGGCUGUGGACUUUAAGGACGACCUUACCUGUGUGCAUCCUAGCCCUGAUAAGCGAGUGCUCCGUGUGUAUGAUCUGAAUACUCAUAUAAACUGCAGCACUUUUAAAGAAACAGAUGAAGAGGCUUAUUUGGAGCAGACAAUCACCCUCAGAUGUGAUACUCGACAUCAGGACAUGUCCAAGACCUGGAUGCUACCCGGAAAUGUAAUACUCACCCCUGGCAAUAACCAGAGUUACAAGGUUGACAAAGAUGGAAGCCUUAAGAUAACAUCAAUAAAACCUGAGGAAUCAGGAGUGUACACAUGCUUCGCCGUGAGCGAAUACCUCAAUGAAACGCUCUACGUGGUGGUGAAGGUUCACAACUUCACCAUCAAUGGCAACAAUGACUCCCUCAACACAGCUUACACCACACUGGUCGGCUGCUUGGCUAGCGUGGUCCUGGUCCUUAUCUAUCUCUACCUGACACCCUGCCGCUGUUUCUGUUGUCCAGAUCAAGGCAAAUCGAAGAACCUUCACGAAGACAGCAUCCACUCCUCCAUGCUGAGCGUCACUCCGACGCACGAGGACAUGGCAACCAAAGCAGAGCUCAACAGGCACGUGGCCUUCAUUGACCCCAAGGACCUGCAGGGACAGAAUGGAAAGGUGAAUCCAAAAGGUGAGGAGGAAGUGGAUGAGGAAGCCAUGCAGGGAAAAGGAAAAAGAAAGAAAUCUGUUGCAGACUCAAUUAGUUCAGUCUUUUCUGACACUCCCAUUGUAGUCUAAGGAAAGGCUGUUUACGUUAGACAUAGCCAACUGUGAUGGAUGUGAAUCUCGGAUGGACAAAGAGACAGAAACAGUUCUGCCAUCCUCAGUGUUUGGCUGUUUCUGCAAAACGUUUCCAGCAUUUUGAUCUGUAGCACUUAAGUAUAUACUGUGAAAAGGUCUUGCCAUAUUAGUGGACUCUAAACUUGGAACGUUUAGAUGUUCCUGGGAGUUUAGGCCCAACUAGCUGUAGUCUGAAACAUAUGAGGUCAGAAAUUUCUCAACCAUCAGAAUGAAGAACUGCUAGGUUUCCAAUUGAUAAUAGAUUGAAUAUAAUCAUUAACAUCAUAAGCAUGAGCUUUGCAGACUGCUAAUGUUAAGAAUAGAAUGAAUGCCCUUGUAGCUAAUAGAUCAUAUUUACCACUUGUAAUGCUAACUGACCAGCCUUAUCACUUUAUGUAAGCCAUAUCCAGUUGGUCAUUGCAGGAGGAGAGCAAUGCACUACCGCAUUUGAGACUCACAGGAAUUUAGAUGGAAAAACAAAUAGAUAGUUUUUCUGCUACUAUGGCGGAUUAGAAGGCCGUUUUGAAGGAGUCGAACACUGAAUAAGCUUUCUGGUCAUUUUAAACCUGCUUGCAUAAAUAUAUCCCUUCAACUAUGUAACACACAUACCCAUAAUUCAAUGACAUUUAUUUGAGAAUUUUAGAGAAAAAUAAUUCUUAUAACUGUCUUUUUGAAAUUAUUUAUAGAAUUAGCCUUUUAACAGAUGACUAUUUGCCACUACUGGACCAUGACUGAAGAAUCAAUAUUUGUUUCCUGGCGAAACUGGUUUGGCUCUUUAAAUCUAGACUAGUAUGUAGCUGAGUAUUUUAGACGUGAACAUUCAUCAUUUUUAUUUAAAUGUUGGAUAGCAGUUGCCAUUUUAAAAGAACUGAUAUCUACAAGUUCAAAACAAUUUUUAUUGCAAUGGCUGCCCCUCGCAUGACAGGGAUAGUUCAACCAAAAAUUUCAACAAAAUUUCUCUGUUCUGCUGAACACAAAGGAAGAUAUUUGGAAGAAUGUCAGUAACCAAACAGAUUUCAUCCCCCAUUUACUGCCAGAGUAGGGAAAAUAAAUACUAUGGCAGUAAAUAGGGAAUUCGAUUGGUUUGGUUACUAAGUGACAUUCUUCUAAAUAUCUUCCUUUGUGUUCAGCAAAACAAAGAAAGUUAAACAGGUUUGGACCAAUCUGAGGGUGAAUAAAAAAUGACAGAAUGUUAAUUUUGGGGUGAACUAUCCCUUUAAACAUGUCAGAUCUGCUCACUCUCAGCCACUUAAUCUGUCAUGACAACCAGCCAGUGACAUAUUACCAAAAUGCUAAUGAAAUCUUUUAAUAGAAUGAGGUGUCCAUCUGCCUGUGUUUUCUUCUCUAAAAGCUAAGAUGAUUUGAGGCUGGAUUCAAAAGCAAAAACCAUUUCAGACCUCAUUUCAGUUGUGCUGCAGUUUGCACUUAUGAUAGUCAUUGCUGACUCAUCCAUUGUCAAAAGGAAAGUCAUUUUUCUGGAAUACACGGAGAGCCAAUGUAAUCUUCACCUGAUGACAAGCCAAAGGCAGAGGGAAUUUAUUUAUUAAUUUGAGAAGUUCUUGAACAUCUUGAAAUAUUUCAUAUUUCUUCCGCAGAACACAAAAGAAAAUAUUUUGAAGAAUGUUGGUAACCGAACAGUGGCGGUACCCAUUGUCAAAAUGAAAGUCAUUUUUCAGGAAUCCAUGGAGAGCCAAUGUAAUCACCUGAUGACAAGCCAAAGGCAGACGGAAUGUAUUUAUUAAUUCUUGAAUUUCUUGACAUAUUUCUUCCGCAGAACACAAAAGAAAAAAUUUUGACGAAUGUUGGUAACCGAACAGUGGCGGUACCCAUUCACUUCUAUGUAUGGACACGAAACUAUAUGCAAGUCAAUGGGUACCACCGUUGGUCAGUUACUAACAUUCUUCAAAAUAUCUUCUUUUGUAGAAAAUCGUACAGGUUUGAAAUGACAAAUAAUGACAGAAUUUUCAGUUUUGGGUAAACCAUCACUUUAACAAACGUCAAAUAUUUUGAUGAGUUGACUGGCCAGUUUUCUCUCCUUUUAAAUCAUUUCAACAGGCAUAUAGAGGGCUUACAAAGACGCUUUAUUUGCAUAACCAAUAUAAUAGGAGAAUGUUAUGAAUCAUGACUUAACAAUGUGUAAAGUUUUCUGGCUGUGUUUAGGGUGUGACACUCGCUAGAUCCAUCCCAACGACAACAGAUGCGUUGUCUUAAAACACACACAGCGGAUGGUUUACAUGUAUAUCAACCAGACCUGGUGUUCUCAGUUGUAAUCCAAGAAUGAGAUAUUUUAGAACACCAGUAGACCAAACAGUGAUGUCACAGAGAACCAGAGAACCAUACGUGGAUUUUCUGUAGAUACCCUGUGCCAUGCAUACAUUCUGGACUCAUAAAAUCAAUUGUUAAGCAUAUCCUAUGUGUAAAGGCUCCGAUUCGGUUGAGACAGUCUUUCUCCUCCGACCUCUUUCCCUAGUUAAUUACAUCCUGUUUUCUGAACAAGAGAGAGAUUUGGUGAAGCAAUUAAAUGUUUGAUAGGUGGAUGAACUCACAAACAGUAUUAACUCAGGGAGUGGGAAUGACAGAUAAUAACAGCUAUGGCAGACUGCAGUUAUGGUCCCUUACAAGUCUCUCCAGCUGCGAUCCAAAAUUAGUGUAGAGAGGAGGGAAAGAACUUCCCAUCACGAGCCCUGUGGGAGGAGGGUCAGAGAUCUCUGCGGUCGACUCGCUAAGAUCUUUCUUGCAAGAGAUGGAAGAGCAGCAGCUUUCACCCCCUUUGUGUGUUCUUCUAAACUGUGCGUCCUUGGCUAUUUUGCUAUGAGUUCUCGUGCAAGACCAACGCUCAUUACUCAGCAUUUGACAGUACAUCUGUGCUUUGUAUGUUUUUACAGUGUUUAUGAGAUCGUGUCAUUUUGGGUAGCUUUUUCCCUCGAGGUUCCAAAGAGGCUGAAUUCCUUGUGGUUCUGUGUAUUGUUGUUCCUAUACAGUUGUCUAGAUUCCAGUUGUGGCUAUAUUGGUAAACAUAUUUUAAUGACACUGACUGUAAAUGUCUUUUUCUGUCAUGUUGUAUUUUGAAAUCUGAUCACUUUUUGUCUAUAUGUUGGUAUUUAUGGACAUACGUUGAGAAGUCUGUAGAUUAAAAGUCAUGAAGCCAGGUUAGAAUGUUGAACUUUCAAAAUACUUUAGAAAUGGAGAAUAUUAGAUAUAGUGUAUCCGUUCAUCAUGUUGAAGGUGAUGUGUGUAAUUUGUUUGAUCCUAAAAUACUUUCUCCUAGUCAUUCGUGAGUUGAUUUCCCUAAAAAAUGUAAACAGUGUUGUGGUUAUAAAACAUUGCUCCGUUUUUUGAGCAUUUUGACCAGCCCAACACGGUAACAUUGGCUCAACCAACAGCAUGAGUUUGGGGCAGGACUAUCCGUUGACUGUCUAAUGGCAAAUGGGGGAAACAGCACACUUCAUCUUUUGCAUAUGGACUUUUAGAAGAUCAUUGUCAGAAUUGAAAACAAUUGACUAUAAAAACAUGAUUCUGGGUUUGUUUUCUAACAGUGAUAAUAAUCUAGAUUUGAGUAGAUACCCAGAAAAAAAUCUGUAGUUUUGUUUUGUCGUUUUUUGAAACGGAACAAAAUUUACUAGAAGCACAGUAAUGCAGACAUAUCGAUGCCAGUUCUUGAUAUAAUUAUUACAUAAACUGUUUAAACUGUAAAAGCUUUAGACUCCUCUACUUGUGGUCUCUGAAAGCAGUCGGGAAACAUUGUUUGUUAGGUUCGACAUUAGAACUUACUGUAAAAUCUUGAAUGUCAGAAGACUGACUGAGUUUUGGGUGGCACAUAUGAAAAUUCCUUCCUCUCAAUGGUAGGUUCUUGUAGAAAAGUAUUAUUUAUGAAUAAUAUAAAAACCUUAAUAAAAAGUGUAUUAUACUAUUUUUUUGUCGAAUGCUUUCUGUCCAAUGUCAUAUGUUAUAUUUCUGUAAAACAUCAAGUAAUGGUCACUACAAACUGCUGUUGCACGGAAAAAUGAAAGAUAAACAUUUUUUUAAGAACUCUUACAUUCCAAUGAAAGAAUAACAGCAUACAGUUUUGGGACCUGAGGGUAUUCCAAAGACAGAAUUUAAAUGUUUGGCUAAUAUGUACCUUCAAAGGUAUAUAGUUUACCCA